UAUGCAAGACAUGCUUGCAAUAUAGGCACACAGUUACAAGGAUAACUACUAACGCUGUAUGUUUUUUUGCAUGCAUAAGUACCUGGCAAAUCUGCCCAAAGACAAGCUGAAGGAGAUGGUGCAGUUUGGUCCCCCAGAUAUUCCUGUGGAGAACAAAACGGUCACAGUUGUGUAUGGGCCUGACAUGGUGAACAUCAGCUUCAUCAACUUUGUCUCCAACUCAGAGGGGGUUGCCAAGAUAUGGACGGACUCCCUGCUCAAGAUAGCAACCAACGUCCUGGCUCUGAAUGCCUCUCCAAUGCAGAACCUGAAGAAAGUGUAUGCCAAGCUGAUAGUUAAAGACCUAACUAAGGAGGGGAAGCUUCCUGUUAAAAACGUUAUCAAGUUGUUCUCUACAUCCAAAGAGGAACGGAAGAGAGUGGAAGCAGCCCUGGCUACCUGUUCCCUGCCCACAGGGAAGAAUGACGUUAUAAACGUGGAAAAGUUCUUCUUUGAGGAUUUUAUCACAAUCGUGAGAAAGGUGUGUCCUCGACCUGAGCUGGACAAGGUGUUCGCAGAAGUGGGUACCAAGAAGCCAUACCUCACCAUGGAACAAGUUGUUGAUUUCCUGAACAAGGGACAGCGUGACCCGCGACUCAACGAAAUUCUCUACCCUUAUGCUAACAACAAGAAGGCCCUCGAUAUCAUCAGCAGAUAUGAACCAAACAAGUCGUAUGCAAACAAAGGUCACUUGUCAGUAGAUGGACUUUAUCGCUACCUGAUGAGUGAUGAAAACACCAUGGUGGAUCCUGUCAAGUUUGACCUCAGCGAUGACAUGACACAGUCCCUGAGCCACUACUUCAUCAACUCCUCCCACAACACAUACCUCACAGGUGGGACAGUUUGUUGCUCUUCUCUGAUAUGGAUGUCGAUGUGUGGAGCUGGACUGCUGGAUGGUAAUGACAACGAGCCUAUCAUCACUCAUGGCUAUACAAUGUGCACUGACGUGCUUUUUAAGGAUGUUGUGGAGGCCAUCGCAGAAAGUGCAUUCAAAACAUCUGAUUGGCCAAUCAUCCUGUCUUUUGAGAACCAUUGCAGGCACCCCGCUUCCCAGCCCUAAAGACUUGCUGGGAAAAAUUCUCAUCAAGAACAAAAAGAAGAUCAAGAAGAGAGCAGCACCCGGGGAAAUCAAAGACAAAGACAUUGUGGAAAAUGGAAACAAGGACAUGCAGGAGAACGGACUUGACGACGAGAGUGGAGUGGAUGAAAGUCUAGCUGAAGAGAAAGCCGCCGAGGACAGCGGAGAGAAGGGGGCAGGCGACAACACAAACAUCGUGCCAGAAGAGGAGAGACGUGGUUCAGCAACCAUCCCAGCCCCAGCCUCCGCCACUACCACAGCCAGCCCCGGGAUAGAGAAGAUGAACAGUGUGUCAGCUGACCAACCCGAGGCUGACGAGUACGGGGAUGACAGUGAGUCUGAGGAGGAAGAGGAAGAGGAUGAAGAGAAGAAGAAGAGAAGGCAGGAGCAGAAACGAGACAAGGGCACAGCAGGACAGGAGACCGAUGCUGUUGCUGAGAUGUCAGCACUUGUUAACUACAUUCAGCCCGUCCACUUUCACUCCUUUGAAAUUUCAGAGAAGAGGAACCGGAGCUUUGAGAUAUCGUCCUUUGUGGAGACAGCCGCCUUGGCCAGUCUAAAGGAGUUCCCUGUGGAAUUUGUCAACUACAACAAGCGUCAGUUAAGCAGAAUUUACCCACGAGGCACCAGAAUGGACUCCAGUAACUACAUCCCACAGGUAUUCUGGAAUGCGGGCUGCCAGCUCGUUGCGUUGAACUUCCAAACGUUAGAUCUUGGCAUGCAGUUGAAUAUGGGAUUCUUUGAAUACAACAACAGGAGCGGUUAUAUCCUCAAGCCAGACUUCAUGAGACGCACAGACAGACACUUCGACCCUUUUGCAGAAUCCACCGUAGAUGGUAUUGUUGCAGGAACAGUAACAGUCAAGGUGAUCUCAGGACAGUUUCUGACAGACAAAAAAGUUGGCACGUACGUGGAGGUGGACAUGUAUGGCUUACCGGCAGACACGGUCCGUAAGCGCUUUCGCACCAAGGUGGUCCCAGCCAAUGGAAUCAACCCCAUAUACGAUGAGGAACCCUUUGUGUUCAAAAAGGUUGUACUGCCCCAUUUAGCAGUCCUGCGCAUCUCAGUGAGUGAAGAGAAUGGGAAAUUUAUAGGCCACAGAAUCCUACCUGUGGAGGGCCUCAGACCAGGCUACAGGCACGUUGUUCUGCGGAAUGAAGCCAACCAACCCUUAAACCUCCCCACAGUGUUUGUCCACAUCACUGUCAAAGACUUCAUCCCUGAUAGCUUUGAAGACUUUGCCAAUGCCCUGGCUAACCCCAUCGCAUACCAAGCAAUGAUUGAGAAGAGAGCCCAGCAGCUGGAGGCUCUUAUGGAGGAUGAUGACAUCAGUACAACUGAGGAAGACGGCCGACCUAAGAUGACCCCAGGGGAGAAGACCAGUGGCACACCGGUGCAGCGCAGCCUGUCCUCUGGUUCCACCAACAUGGAACAGUUGAGUUCCACUGCCAACGCAAGGAAGGGGUCGUCACCAAACACUGCCAACAUACACAGUGCCGUGUCCAGGGUGGCCAGUAGUACGUCAGUAGAGCCAUCUGCCGUCCAGAUUGAAAAAGGUCGGAAGUCUCUCACAUCAGGUGUGCUCACGCCCAGCCUGUCCAUAGACCAGACAAUAAACAAGUCCCUGUCCUCACCUGAGGGCGAGAAGGAGCCGCCAGCUGAGAUCUUCAAACCUCUCACCAUCCAGGAGCUCAAACAACUCAAGACUUUCAAGAAAUUACAAGACAAGCAACAAAAAGAACUAGCUGCUCUUAGCAAGAAACAAGAAAAGAUUCGAGGCAUGCUGAGAAAGAGUCAGACCCUGAAGGAGGACAAACUGCUGACUCUACAGGCCAAGGACAGGUUAGCUCUGGAGAAGUGCCAUGCCAAAGCGCUCAAGAAGGCAAACAAAGCACAGGCAGGGGCUGUGGAGGAGGAAGUGAAGAGGAAAAGCUCUGCUGAGAUGGAGAAAUUUCUUAAGGAUUAUGAGCAGCAGCUUGUGGACCUGCGACAAGCACACUACCAGGCAGGGCUGUCCACGUGGAAGGAACACUGUCUACAGGAGAAGGAGUUGAAAAUGAAGCACACAGGGCUGAUGUAUGUGACACUGCACCAGCAGAUGACCAACUCCCAGCAGACACAAAUGGGGAAGGUCAAAGAGAUACAUGACAAGGAGGUGAAAGACCUGAAGCAGAGACUUGAUCAGCAGAGAAAAGAAGAGGAGAGAGCGCUGGCAAAGAGAUGUAAGGACAGGAACGAGCUGGCCAGGCUGAAGAGGGAGACACAGCAGAAGCACAUCCAGGUGGCUGUGCAGCACAGACAACAGUUGGAUGAGAUCCAUUCCAACAGGACAGAGGAACUGCAAAAGAAUCACAAGGAAAUAGAAGAGGCCAUCAGUAAGGAGGAGGAGAAGGCCAAUGCCGAGAUCAUGGUGGAAUAUGAGAAAAAGUCGAAGGACCUCCCCGAGACGUGGCGAGCACUACAGGAGGAAAAGGACGCUGCUUCCAGCUCCAUUAACGGACCCAGCACGCCCACUGGAACAUCCCUGUAAAGGUCCUGCCACAGACACGUGCAGCAUUGGCUAUCAGACUCCGGCUUUCAUUACAGCUGUUGAUGGCUGCAUUUGCAGACUUAUACGACUGUGCUACAAGUGGACAGACCUUCUGCAAUUGCUGCAGCAUCCGAGCCUGUGGAAAACCUGAUCUGACCCAGCAGCAGAGUUGCUCUCUACACAGUGCUUGUUCUUCGUGAUUGUUCAAAGAGUCAAAAUUGUGCUGAAUCUGACUGUAGUCGUCGGACUGUCAUCCCUUAUUCUAGAUUCUUUAUUUCCUAAACCACGUCAUGCUGGUACAUUGACCACUCAAGCAGUAGCAGAUACAGAGGAAUCAUUCUCAUUUGAAUCAUUAUGAAAUGAAAGCAUGGCUUCAGACAUAGGCUAUUGGAAACUUGGCUCUGCUACAAGCAGUGAUUAUGGACAUCACAGCAUCAAACAUACCUGUCAGCUAUCCACAUCACACACAAAAAACUUGAUGUGAGAUUUACUAGUGGAAAAUGUCCUUCUUCAUGAUUGUACAAGGAGAUGGAAUCAUGUUUUUCUUACAUCAAUGACUUUUCCAUGAUUGAAAUGAGCAGAUAGUUAAGUGUUGAAAGCAUUGCAUUUGACACAGCUGUUGGGCUGGUAGGCAAUGUAAGAGUGCAUCCUGAUGUGACAACUACAGUAAACAAAGUCUACAAAUGACUGAUUUCUUUAAUCCAGAAGACUUUUUCCAUUAUGCUGGAGGCGUUUUGAGGUUCCUGCAUAGAUGAGGAGGAUUUGAUCAGGUAUGAGUUACCAUCUGGGGUUAGUUGUUGCUGAAAUAUCUGCAGCUAUUUCAACAUUUUCAUACUGUUGGUGCUACAUACUAAGAAAGUGAUGAACCAUAUUAAACCUGACAACUUAGCAGAUCUUGGAUUGUAAGAAGUUCAGUCAAAGAAUUCUAAGAAGUUAACUCUACAAAUUUUUGUGGUGCAUUUUCAGUACUUGAUGUUGUGCCAAGUAAUCAGCUAAUGUUCUUGCCAGUCAUGUAGCUCUACAUUUCUACACCUCGGAGAGGAAGAAAAGAAUGUAACAAACAAAGAAAACAACAAACUGAGCUUGUUUCUAUAUUAGCUAUGACUGUCUUCUGUGUCGUGUGAAAAUGUAACGUGUAGAUGAUAUAUGGUAUGGACACUAGACGUGCUCCCAAAGGCCAUUUUAAGGAAUUUCACAGUAAAGCAACAGUCCAGUAACAGUGGAUAUUUUUAUACUUCUAUAUAGUCCUUUGACUUUCUAUAUGAUAAUGUAGCUAGUACAAAUUGUUUGCAUGUAGAUUUUAUCAGCUGUACAAAUUAUGGAACUGAGAGAACAAUUUUAUGAAGCAGUGUGAUUUUAUAUUUACUGUGCAAUUUUGAGGCUUUAUUCUAUAAGUGAUGUUAGGUACUGGCUAUUGGAAGGUUCUGGCUAAUCUUGCUUUGUUGCUCCACAUGCUGCAUGUGUGCAAUGCUUUCAGUAACUGUCCCCUUAUCCUCACUGUGCUGCAGAAGAUGGAAGAAUGUCUCAUUUUGUUUUACUGUAUUUAAUUUAGUUUUUUAAUUGCAUGUGUGACUGACUGUGUUCUCCCCACCACCAUGCCAUGGUAACAAAUUUCUGAAGUAAUAACUGGUGUAUGUAUAUAUUAUAUCUGUGAAAGAAAUUAUGAAGUUCGGGAGGAACUACACAGUGGUAAUUAAUAAUAUAUUUGUGUCUGUCGAUGUGGCAUGUAAUGUGAGGAGUGUUUUAUACUAAAGUCUUAUCUGACUUGCAUGGUUGUGGAAUAUAGGAUUGUUUUACUGCAAGUAAUUCGGAGAAAUGUAUCAUUUUACAGUGGUGCAAAGCUAAUUAUUGCUUUCAUUGUACGAGUACAUUGUGAAACUCUGCAUUUUGUGUUACAUGUUACUUUAUACAAUGUAUAUGAAACAUCACGUACAAUAGUAGACUAGACCAAGAUGUCAAGCAUGGACCAUUUACUACCAUUUGUAUGGACAAGACGUUGUGUAACACAGUAGAUUGUCCUGACAAUGAUCUGUAUGUCUGGUGACAAUGUGCUCCACAGGAUAACACAGUCUGUAUCACGUCAACCCUUCCUGAAGGUGGAACUUUCAGUAAACAUGGCAAGUCUACUUAUUGUA